GGGGCUCGCCCCGCCGAGUUCCUCCCCGCGCUUCGAUCGGGAUGGGGCCCGGGCUGUGCGGCUGAAGGCAGCUAUGUAUCUGCUGGACAGCAGCGAGCCGCCGGCCGCCGCCUCUCCCGAGAGGAUGCAGCGGGGCACCCCCCAGAGGAAGACGGUCUACCGCAUCUCCGUGACCAUGGUGAAGAAGGAGCUGUUGGGGCCCGAGGGCGGCCCGGAGCCGGUGCACCGCGGGCGGCGGGGAGGCGGCCAGCUGGGCUCCUGCAGCCUUCCCCGCGCUGGGCUGCUGCUGGUGGAGGAGGAGGAGGGCGAGGAGCAAGAAGAGAGCGGCGAGGAAAAGGACCGAGUGCCCAGCCCCUGCGGUUUCCGCAACUUCAGGACCCUCAGCACCGGGCAGCUGGAGCUGGGCCGCCUCAAGGUGCCGCGGAGGACCGGGCAGCUCCCGGCCGAGUCGCCCUUCGGCUGGCCGCGGCACCCCGGCUCCCGGGAGGCGGCCACCUGUGGCGGGCACGGGGCUGCGGCCGGCGCUUCUCCCGUCGAGGCCGGUGGGCUGGAGGCCGCGGGGCCGGGGCACAGCCCGCGGAGGCAGCCGGGCCUGCUGCGGCGCAGCUUUAGCUUCAGGCAGUGGAGCGGCGGGGAGCUGCUGCGGGCGCGGGCGCUGGGCCGGGUGCGGAGGCACAGCAGCUCCGGCUGCCUCCCUGCACCGGCCGCGCCGAGCGAGGAGGCCGCGGCGCCCGGCUCGCCGCCCGCGGAGCCGCCCGCCGCUGAGAAGCGCAACACGCUGGACGUGGGUGAGGUGCUGAGCAAGGCUGAGCCGCUCACCGAGCUGGAGCGCUGGGAGCGGAGCAAGAGCAAGAAUCGCACGCUGGAUAACAGCGACCUGCAGCGACUCUCUGAACGCCUAGGGCGGGAGGGCCCCCCCGGGGGGCCCGCAGCCCACGAGCACCGCUUGCUGCGCUUCUUCAGCGGCAUCUUUGCCCGCAAGGACGGCACCUCUGCGCUCUUUGGCAGCCCCCACGGCCGAUCCCCACGUGGCAGCUUCUCCAGGUCCAGGGCGUAUUUCAGCAGUCUCCGGAGAGCUACGGCCGACAUCGAGUCCAGCUCUGAGAGCAUUGAUGGGUCCCUCUACAAAGAUGCCUUUGUAAAUAGCCAGGAAUGGACGCUAAGCAGAUCUGUACCAGAACUGAAAGUGGGGAUCGUGGGAAACCUAGCUAGUGGCAAGUCUGCACUUGUACACCGGUAUCUGACUGGCACGUAUGUCCAAGAAGAAUCACCUGAAGGUGGGAGAUUCAAGAAAGAGAUAGUAGUUGAUGGACAGAGCUAUCUGCUGCUGAUUAGAGAUGAAGGUGGCCCUCCAGAGGCACAGUUUGCCAUGUGGGUGGAUGCUGUUAUAUUUGUCUUCAGCUUGGAAGAUGAAGUUAGCUUCCAGACUGUUUACCACUACUACAGCCGUAUGGCUAACUAUCGUAACACUAGUGAAAUUCCAAUGGUACUAGUGGGAACUCAGGAUGCUAUAAGUUCCAGUAACCCACGCGUCAUAGAUGAUGCCCGAGCAAGGAAGUUAUCAAACGAUCUCAAGAGAUGCACUUAUUAUGAAACCUGUGCCACCUAUGGUCUCAAUGUGGAGAGAGUCUUUCAAGAUGUUGCUCAGAAGAUCGUUGCAACAAGGAAGAAACAGCAACUCUCUAUUGGACCCUGCAAAUCCCUACCAAACUCUCCAAGUCACUCAUCUGUGUGUUCUGCCCAGGUUUCUGCUGUACAUAUCAGCCAGACCAGUAAUGGAGGAGGGAGUUUAAGUGAUUAUUCCUCCUCUGUCCCAUCAACUCCAAGCACCAGCCAGAAGGAGCUACGGAUUGAUGUUCCUCCCACUGCCAACACACCAACUCCUGUCCGUAAACAGUCCAAGCGUCGAUCCAACCUCUUCACGUCUCGGAAAGGGAGUGACCCAGACAAAGAGAAGAAGGUCCUGGAGAGCAGAACGGACAGCAUCGGGAGUGGCCGUGCGAUCCCAAUUAAGCAGGGUAUGCUGCUAAAGCGAAGUGGCAAGUCACUGAAUAAAGAAUGGAAGAAGAAAUACGUGACGUUGUGCGACAAUGGUGUACUGACCUAUCAUCCUAGUUUACAUGACUACAUGCAGAAUGUUCAUGGGAAAGAAAUUGACUUGCUGAGAACCACUGUGAAAGUUCCUGGAAAGAGGCCGCCUCGAGCUACGUCAGCUUGUGCACCCAUCUCCAGUCCCAAAACAAAUGGCCUCUCCAAGGAUAUGAGCAGUUUACAUAUUUCACCAAAUUCAGGGAACGUGACUACUAGCACAUCUGUGUCUCAGAUGGCAAGUGGGAUCAGUCUAGUCUCCUUCAACAGCCGUCCGGACGGUAUGCAUCAGCGCUCUUACUCGGUCUCCAGUGCAGAUCAGUGGAGUGAGGCAACAGUCAUUGCAAACUCUGGCAUUAGCAGUGAUACCGGGUUAGGAGAUUCAGUGUGCUCAAGCCCAAGUAUAUCCAGUACAACCAGCCCCAAACUCGAUCCGCCUCCUUCGCCUCAUGCCAACAGAAAGAAACAUCGCAGGAAGAAAAGCACCAGCAAUUUCAAAGCCGAUGGUAUCUCAGGCACAGCUGAAGAACAAGAAGAAAACUUUGAGUUUAUCAUUGUCUCUCUCACUGGCCAGACUUGGCACUUUGAAGCUACCACAUACGAAGAAAGAGAUGCAUGGGUACAAGCCAUAGAGAGUCAGAUCUUGGCCAGUUUACAGUCAUGUGAGAGCAGCAAGAACAAGUCGCGUUUGACAAGUCAGAAUGAGGCCAUGGCCCUUCAGUCGAUAAGGAACAUCAGAGGCAAUUCCCACUGCGUGGACUGUGAAGCACAAAACCCUGACUGGGCCAGCUUGAAUCUGGGAGCCCUCAUAUGUAUCGAAUGCUCAGGUAUACACCGAAACCUUGGCACGCACCUCUCCCGAGUCCGCUCUCUUGACCUGGAUGACUGGCCUAUAGAGCUCAUCAAGGUGAUGUCUUCUAUUGGGAAUGAGUUGGCAAACAGCGUCUGGGAGGAGAGCAGCCAGGGCCAUAUGAAACCUUCGUCAGAUUCCACAAGGGAGGAAAAAGAGCGCUGGAUACGUGCAAAAUACGAGCAGAAGCUCUUCCUUGCCCCACUGCAGUGCCUGGAACUUUCUCUUGGCCAACACCUCCUGAGGGCUACAGCCGAGGAAGAUCUACGCACGGUCAUCCUGCUCCUCGCCCACGGCACACGGGAGGAGGUGAAUGAGACCUGUGGAGACGGUGAUGGGCGCACUGCCCUGCACCUGGCCUGCAGGAAGGGAAACGUGGUGUUGGUGCAGCUCCUGAUCUGGUAUGGCGUUGAUGUGAUGGCACGCGAUGCCCAUGGGAACACUGCGCUGGCCUACGCCAGACAGGCUUCAAGCCAGGAGUGCAUUGAUGUUCUCCUCCAGUACGGCUGCCCCGACGAGCGCUUCGUCCUCAUGGCCACUCCAAAUCUGUCCAGGAAGAACAACAACCGGAACAACAGCAGUGGAAGGAUGCCCACCAUCAUCUGAGGAGCUUACUCAUGUAUUCGCUGACCUGAAUUACAUCCGCGGCCUCAUAUUCCUCCAUUUCCAUCACGGCUCUGCUCUGUGAGUCCAGUAACUUCCCUUUUCCCUUGACCCUUCGGUGCAUCCCUGUCCCAUCCAGAAACAGCACAUCUGGAUAGCACAAGGGGAUGAGAAGGAGCGAAAGGGGCUGCAGAGAAAGCAGUUGUUUCAGUGACAGCUCUCAAACGAUGAAAAUGGGACAGCGGAAGCGUGCGAGAGCACAUGGGUUCUCUAGGACAUGGCGCGUGGCAUGGGACCAUGGGGACAGUUGUCCCUGGGCACAGGCUCUACAAGUGCAGAAGGCAGGGGUGGAGAGAGGUGAGAGCGGGAGCGAGAGAAGAAAGAAGAAAUGGUAACUUUCCAUAACUGACAGUUAAGCACAUCAGUACAUUUCACCUCUACCAAACGGAACGGCUGGAUUUCAUUCUCUUCUCUGAAGAGCUUGACGGCAUAAAUCAGAAGCAAGCACAGAGUUUGUCAGGUUUGAAGCUCCUAUGAUGGUAUGUGUCAAAUCAGUUGUAGCUAAUCUGUCCAGGGAGAAUACUGGCUUCAUUACACUUGUAUAGUUGAGUUCUUCCAGCAUUACCGCUGUUUAAUAGAACAUGAUUAGUCAUCACGGAGAAAAAAGCAUAUUAGCUGAGGAGGUAGUUACAUGGCACGCUUCGGUGAUUGCUUGGAUGUGAUUGCAAUAUUCUUAGAAGCAUCAUAUUAUCUCAGACAUGUUCUUUCAAGCCCUUGGAGCCCUCCUUUCUAAAUUCACUGUCAUAAUUUAGUAUCUGUUUAAUUUUUCAGUCCAAAGAGAGGAAAUGAGUUGCUGAGUGUUAUUUGACUGCAGUCUCCUUGGUGUAAAAACAAAAUGGAAAAAAUAAAUAAGAGUAACUAUGAAACACAGAAAGGAAUAAUGAGUACUGCUAAGGAAAAACAUUUCAACUACAUUUAGUAAAAUUAAUAAAUGCAUUAAAGGCUAAUAUUUUUUCAGCCAGCAGAAAUACAUUCUGUCAUUUUGCCAAGGUAAACGUGUUGAGUUUUGGGUCACUCCUGUGAUGCAUUGCCUAACUUAUACAGAUUUUGUAUUGUGUCUUUAGAUUAUAUGUAUGUAAAAUCUAUUUGAAUAAAAAAAUCAUAAAUAUGCAUUGAUCUUUUUUGUACAGAAGAUGACACCUCUGUUAAUUUAUAAACUGUAAUGGAUGUGAACUAAAUAAUGUGCAACUAGUUAGGAUCUGUGGAUUCCAGAUCACUGUGUGUUGAAAAUAUCCCCAGCAGUGAACUCUAUUUCCAUUGCAAGCCUUUGAGGAACAUAUCAGAAUGAGAUUAUGGCACGCUUGGCAUGAAAUAUAUAUAUAUAUAUAUAUAUAUAUAUGAGACUGUUUAGAAAAGAAAAGAGGCUGUUUCUCAGCACUGUAAAUACAUUUUAGUUCAAAAGUCACGACGCUUUCGCAAGCCAAGACGAAAAGCCAUAGUCUGGAUGUGUGCAGAUCAGAUUUGAUUAAUUUCAGGACUGAUAGCCUUCACUGAGGUGGGCAGGGCAUGCCUGCCCUAACUCUGAACUUGGAUGCUUUCUGGGAGAAAAAUGGCUUGUUGAAAGUACCCUCGGCAGUUCAUUUGAGUUCCAAGUUUUAAUACUUGACUUGAUUUUUAUUGUUUUAUUAUUAUUAUUAUUUGUAUUAACAGACAGAUCCUGGCUUCUGCCAUUUUCUGCAAAACCAGGUUUCUGGCACAGGGAAGCAGGCUGUACUUUUUUGGCAGAUCGAAAAGUAAUUUUUAAGUGGCUUAUGGCAAUGUAAAGAUGGGGGAAGGGUAUAUCACAGAGAAAGUUGAAAACUCAACUGAAUUAGAUGGCAAAGGGGCAAUUAUGUGAAGUCAGUGAGGUGCACACAGCAUAGUAAUUUGGAAAUCUACCUGCUCCUUAUGUAUUUCCCAAGCCUUCCAUCUUGUUCUUCCUUGGGGCUCUGUAUUUCAUUUGACAUACAAAUGGGAGGAGGAUAGCAAUUGCUAAACAAAAUAUAGGUCGGCACAAAAUGAGAAGGAAAAAAAUUAUUCUGGGUAUCUUUAGGAAAAAAAAAGAAAAUUGCAGAUUGGAUGUAAAAUCAUAAAAUCAUGGGAAAAAAAGUAAGCCCCAAGGUGAAAGCAUGAGAAUACUGACUGGCUAUCCCUGAUCUGCAGUGUUGCUGUUACAUACUUUGUUACUGUACAGACCUCUGACCAUAGAGGGGUCUUCCUCCAUCCAACCUAGGCUGGCUGCAUCAGAUUAAUGCUACAUCUGAUUCUGUUCACACUGGGAUUUUUUUUUUUUUUUUAAUGGAAUAAUUGCUAUUUGUCCACCAUUCCAUGCAGCUCUGGUACUGAUGGGUGGUCCCUUGGCAAUAGGACAGCCCAUUGAAUGUUCAGCUGAGUGGGAUGCUGAAAGCCCUCGUGUCGUGGUGCUCGCAAGCUUUACACCUGUACUGGAGGGCACGGUGCAAAAUGGGGAAUUGCAGAGCAUGUUCUCAGAGGUGCAGGCUGCCUGCUGUUCCUCUGGGAACAUGAAGCAUGUUUCUCUUGGAAAAUCAAGUCCAAUGUUUCAAAUACGUUGUAGGCAGAUUUGCCACGGUUAAGUUCUCAAUGCAUGUUCCAUUUCAGAGCUUAUUUUUUUCCUAAUUGAAAAUAUGUUCUGUACAUAGUUUAAAUGUUCUCUUUGGGCCACCUUUCUCUUCUAGAGAUGAGAGUGAUAUGUGAGAAACAAGGGCAGGCAAGCUGCUGUGCAGAUUUCGGGUAAAAGAAUUGUACACUCCUUUCAUUUAAAGAAUUCUGCAGGUGAACCUUGAAAAACAGAAUUUUUUUAGAAAAGGAACUUCCACUGUAUUUUAGGAAAAAUUAUGUAUCAAGCCUAGCCAGCUAAUAACCUCAUACUUUAAUUAAACAGUGACACAGUUGCUUUUAGCCUAAACAUAGCUUUUCCUUGGAUGUAUCAACAUUGGCAGCGAUGAUGUCAAAGCAGUGCUCUCAUAGGCUGUGCUUGGCUUCCCCAGGGAAAAUCUCCAUCAGCCGAGCCCCAUGGUCCUUGGCUUUGUGCCCUGAGGUCUCAGGACUCUGUGCACUUUCCAGGCGGAUGCAUUUGCGCUUUGCAAAGGGUGUUCUUGAAGCCAUCCAGGUGUGGAGACAGACAGUACAUACAGAGGCUUUGAGAACCUGCAGGAGUUGUUCCCGUUGCUUUCUGUCUUCUAACCUGUCCAUUUUCAGGUCUUCAUCUUGUAUGUAGCCCCUCUUGUUUUUAUGGAGCCCUCUUGCCAGACUGCUUACACCCUUUGAGCACGUGAUGAGCAAAUUAAAAACAAAUUGAAAUCCAGUCAAUAAGAAAUCCCAGCAGAAAUGCGUUGAGUAAAUCUGUUGCUGUUAUCUGAGGAAAUUGAGACUGUCGCUGUGUUUCUCACCGAGUGCCCCAUUGAACCCUUUUCGUGAUCCCGGAUCCUUUUAAACCCCACUUCCUCUGCACUUCAUCCACCGUGACUAAAACACUAGAUGGAAGUGUUUGCUAUUAACAUCAGCACUUUUCUUCUAUUUACGCUAAGCUAAUUGCUGUUGAAGAGCGGAGAUGAGCCAAACGCAUUGAGUCUGGCAACUGAACCUUCACCUACCAGGAGUUCAGGAGGGUUUUACUUAUUCCUCACUAUUUUCUUGGGAAAAUAUAGAGUCUUCGCAGUUCAAAGAUUUGGCCGAGGGUUCCCAUUGCCAGAUUUAUGGUUUCGUUGCUAAAAGGGAGCGGAAGAAAAGCUGUUUCUGGAGAAUCUUGGUAUAUCCCGAGCUGGGAAGACCAGAUGAGCUAUGGGAAAGGAAUGAGGGUUUGUAAGCAUUUCUACUUGGGUGUAGUGUAUAAUAACCGUGUAAACAUGAAUGUUGUUUACUCUGCUGUCUUUCCCCAUUUCCUUAAAUUAUGUGUGUUAGUGCACGGAGCUUUAGCGGCACUUGGAGAUUUCCCCUGGCAAGAGGAAGCUGUGUAACAUAAAGAAGGGAAUAGAGGUGUGUGUGCAGAUAUGUUCUUAGCAGUGAUCUCCAGCACUGUAAUGUAGUAUAAUUAGAUGAUACGGUUUUCAGAUAGCUUCAUCUUUUAUAUUUGUAUGGAGGUUGGGAAAAAUGAAGUAAUUUGUAGUUUCUAGUGUAAAGUAGUAAUGGUGGAGACAAGCACAGAUUUCACAGAGGGUUCCGAAGAGCCCUUCACAAAUGUCUCGGGGAGCCACGUUUGCACCUUAACAGGGAACGGGUGUUGGUUGUACUUGUAGGUACCUAAGGGAAAGAAGGAAAGUGUUGGGGACCAAACGUGGGGCACUUUGUCUGGAUGCGUGAGGACUUGCCCAUUCGCAUUUCAUCGUCAGGACUCUUUGUUUUGUCCUGCUACAGCUGUUAGCACAUGGGAUCUCUGUCUAUUAGUCUUGGAUCCUCUGUUGAACAUCUCCUUCCAUUUGAGUUGAUUCAUGGGUAAAAUUUAUUGUAGGACGAUUCUGGCCAUUGUGUUUGCUGCAUAGCAGAAAGGAACCCUCACUCCAGCUUGAAGUUCUUUUUGAUCAAGAUUAAAAAAAUCCACUCAAUACCACAAAUGAAAAGGUUCUGCAGAGAAUUUUGACUUCUUAUAUUCUAAGCUACCAAAAAACAAACAAACAAACAAAAAAAAACCUACAGUGGUUUAAAUGAUCUUAUUAGAAGGAAAUCUCCUGUUUGAAAAAGUAUGGAGUAGAGCAAACUAUCCAAAGCUGUCGAUAGGUAGAUCCGUUCUAGUUUUUGUUUGUUUUCUAUCGUGGGCCAGUUUUUAAAUAUUUGGUGAUUUCAUCUCAUAGUAGUUCCCUUGAGUUGGCUGAAUGUGUCUCACAUUUUAAACAGGGGAUAGAUUCAGAGCUGUCCAUAGGUCUUGUUUUGAAAGAAGGGUUGCAUGAUUUCUGAAGAUAAGACAGUCUUUCUUCAGUGCCACCCUCACCCUGAAUCACUACUCAUGUUUUUGGUGAUCUUGGCCCCUGUGUUUCAUUUCAGGCUACAGUAAUGUGUGGAUGAAUUAACUCCCACAGUUUACUUUUGCUCCCUGAAUGCUUGGGGGACUUUUCUUGGGGGCAGAUGGAGGAAAAAUGUCUUUGUGCAUUUCACCUCUCUCCAAUCCCUGGAGCAUAUUCAGGUGGUAGCAGUCGAUUGUGCUGACAUGCAGUGCUUCUGCUUUCUCUUGGCCAUGAACUUCUGGGCGUGUAUUUGCUUCCAGUCCUAACAGUUGCCUAUUUUGCGAUACUUCGGAGCUAGUAUUGUUUACCUGUGUGUUAUGUACAAAGUGUGAAGGGGGGUGGGGGGCUUAUGGAGGUCUAAUGGCAUGCCUUUGGGAUGACCGUGUUGCUUGCUGGCAGUGAAUGCACCAUCAGCUGUUUUGUGUAUGCCACGUUCUACAGAACUGAUCAGUGUGUUUUGCUUCUGAGAACUCAUCCUUCUGUCCUUCCCACCUCCCUCUGCCUGUGGUUAGGGUAGCUAAAUACUGUGAGGGCAACUGCGUGGGAACCUCUGAGAAACCCCAGUGCCUCUUGGGAAGCUGGAAGCACUUCCUGGUCUCUAAUUGCCAGAUGGAGGGAAUGAAACUAUGCUGAAGGUGAGCCCCAAGCCCAGGCAGGACUGAGGAAGGCUCUGGGUGCUGUUUGGCAGGUAGUUCCCACAUCUAGAAGCUCAGUGGUUGAGCUGAGUUGGUCAUCAAGUGCAGUGAAGUCCUAAGGUAAAGCAGUGUAUUGCAUGGAUGUCACUAACCAGAUUAACUAAAAGUGCUUUGCAUUUGUGUGUGUGUAUGUAGACACAUAUGUGCUCAACAUACCUCUGUCAGCCAUCAUCUAAGUGUCCACGCACACAUUUACACAUCAAUCACAGCCCGAAGCUGGAGCCAAGUUUUCAGUUCCAUGUUUAUAAACGGGCAUGUUUCCCAGUUUGGCUCAGGCCAGCCAUUUCCAGGAGUGCAGGAGGUCUGCGAGGUACUGCACAGGGCAGGGAGAUGCAGGAACUGGCUCUGGAAAGCUCAGGGUUCGCAGAGAUACCUGUCUCAAAGCAAAAAUUCAGCUCUUUCAGAUGGCAACACUCGAAUUCUGAAACUGGAACUGAACUGGCCGCCUGGAUUGGGAUGGGAACCCCAGCCCAGCAGCCUGUGGGCACUGGGGAAGGAGAUGUGGAUGGGGAUAAGGACAGAAGACUUGCUUCCCAGAGGCCCUAUCUUUUUUAUAAAUGUGCUUAAGACUCCGCCUUCUGACUAAAUUUAAGUGUGGGCCCAGGGACUGCCCUCCUGCAGCCGAUCCAAUGGUAUUCUGGGUCCUUUGUGUGCCUACAGGGUCACCGAGGAGGGAGACGUGAUGAGAUGUUGGUGAGGAGCAGGGCACCUCCUCAUCCCUACCCAGGUCUCUGGCCAUUGAACUCUCACAUGGUGCUUUGAGGGAGCCAUAAGCAUCAGCCAACAUGUGCUAAGGCCUUGCAUGUACCAGUAGAGCAGGGAAGCCCGUACAGGUGUGCUCACACCAUCUCUACUCUUGCUUUUGGUUGUAGUUGUGAUCAUACCAGGGGAGACUGGUGGGCAGGUUGGGCUGGGGUUCAGCACACCCCUAUGGGCUUUGCCAAAUCCAGGGCAGAGCUGUCUGGGAGAGGCAGAACUGGGCUCAGAUGCACAAGGGCCAUGGUUGGGUGUCAGUCCACCACUGGGAUGCGUGCCCCGUUCCUCCCCUCACGCCCAUGAGUGAUGCAAAGGCUGGACUUGGUGUUCAGGGGUGCUCAGCCCCAUGUCGUUGCAUUUUUUUUUGCUUUGUGAUGCUUGUGUUUCUGGUUAGGAAACCAGAAGGGGUUGCCCAGGUGAGUCGGGACACCUGAGAACUGUGUUUGGGGUAGAGGCAGAGAUACCUAGCACAUGGCAGGCUUUAGAGCAAGGUUUGUUUUGGUUGGUUUUUUUUCUGUUUCUGUAAAUAGUAAUAUAUAAAUGAUGACAAGACAGUGUGGAAAUUAUUAAAAAAUACGUCUUCUGUUGUUUUUAUAUUACCUCAUUCAGCAAGUUUGUUUUACAAUGACUCGAUGCUUUAUUUAUAUUGUUUGUACUGUAAUUAAAACGAUUGAUAAACAUUUCACUUUGCUUGUUGUUUCAUAUGAUUUUGUUUUGAUUACGUAUGCCAGUUUGUAUUAUGUUUCCCUUUCCUCCCUCUUCGCCUUGAGAUUUUUGUGUCAGCUGUACAGUAUUCCAAAUUAAAAAAAAAAAGGAAAAAAGUUGUAAAGUACUGCAGAGGGAGACUGCUAUAUUGUAUAGUCUCUUUCUAAUAAAGACAAGAAAACUUGUUCGUCACA